AUGGCUUCAGGAGAAUUCCUCAAGUCAGUGCCCCUGACCUGUCACGGUCAUUCGCGACCAAUCACCCAUCUGCAUUUCUCCUCCAGUGUCGAGGACGAGCAGUAUUAUCUUAUCUCAGCAGCAAAGGACAACAAUCCUCAACUACGAGAUGGUGUGACCGGCGACUGGAUCGGGACAUUCAUCGGUCAUAAGGGCGCAUGUUGGUCCGCCAAACUGUCACCAGAUGCUUCGUUAGCCGCUACUGGAUCAGCAGAUUUCACCUCUCGAGUGUGGGAUACGCAGACAGGCGAAUGUCUCAAUAUACUCACUCACCAGCACAUCGUAAAAGCCGUUGCUUUUCCCAUUCAACGCAGCCCUCAGGCUGUUGCCACUGGUGGGCAGGAGAAAAAGCUUCGAAUUUGGGAUCUUGCUCGUUCCAGCCCACGGACCACUAGCAGUGACGGCAUCGUCGUACCGGAGACACUAUCGGAUGCCAUCGAAAUUGGUGCUGGAGAUCACACUGCCAGUAUCAAAUCAAUAGUCUGGAACGUCGACUAUAAUAUUGUCACCACAGCUGCUGACGACAAGACCAUCAGAUGGUACGACUUGCGCGUAUCGAAUGCCAUCAAAACAUUCAAGACAGACAAGGACAUCUUAUCCUGCGAAUUGAGUACGAACAGAGCUGAUGAUCCCGAGCCCGGCAUACUGAGUGUAGCUGCUGGGCAGUCCGCAUACUUUUUCGAUGCGAACGACCCUGGACGCCUGCUCAAGAAGGCUGACUUCGAUCAUGACAUUGCGAGCGUUGGCAUACACCCGCUCAGCGGCCGUUUCGUCACUGGUGGCAAGAACGAUACGUGGGUCCGGGUGUGGGACCUUGAACCUCAGACACUACUGGACACUCUUAAGGGGCACCACGGUCCGAUCUGGACGACGUCGUUCUCCCCGGACGGCAACAUCUUCGCCACUGGCAGCGAAGAUGGGACCAUCAAACUGUGGAAAGCAUGCAGCUCUCAGUACGGACUUUGGCACUGA